AUGGAUAAAUUCCGGAUGAUUUUCCAGUUCCUGCAGUCUAACCAGGAAUCCUUCCUGAACGGGCUGUGUGGGAUUCUGGCUCUGGCUAGUGCUCAGAUGUAUUCGGCUUUCGAGUUUAACUGUCCCUGCCUCCCCGGUUACAACGUGCUGUACGGCCUGGGAGUGAUGUCGGUACCGCCGCUGGUGCUCUUCCUCCUGGGCUUUGUGUUAAACAACAACGUGUCAGUGCUGGCCGAGGAGUGCCGGAGGCCCGAGGGGCUGCGGGCCAAGGAGCCGGGGGUUCUCCGCUACAUGUUCUGCUCGAUGGCCCAGAGAGCGCUCAUUGCUCCGCUCAUCUGGCUCAGUGUUACCCUCCUGGACGGAAAGUGCUUCACCUGCGCCUUCAGCGAGAGCCUGGAGCCUCGGAGGUUGGGGCUCAAUCUGUCCGGAGCCCUGCCGGCUCAGCCCCAGCUCCGCCGCCUUCUCGCCUCUGUCCCCUGUCCUGACAUCUUUCCGCAGCAAAGCGCCCUGUCCCGGGAGGGAGCAGUCCGCUACCUGCGCUGCCUGUCUCAGGCUUUGGGGUGGUGCUUUAUUUUGAUGAUGACUUUCUUGGCCUUCCUGGUGAGAGCAAUGCGACCUUGCUUCACCCAAGUUGCCUUCCUGAAGACAAAGUAUUGGUCUCAUUACAUUGAUAUCGAGCGCAAGCUGUUCGAGGAAAUGUGCACGGAACACGCCAAGAGUUUCGCCAAGAUCUGCAUCCAGCAGUUUUUCGAGGGGUUUCAGAAUGAGAUGGUCAGAGGUUAUAGUCGCUGUCAGAUGCCAAAGUUCCAUGAUUUCGAAACUGGCGAAGAGCAGGAGAAGCUCUUCGGAAUCACCGACAGCAGGAAUAUGAAUAAAUUGCUGAGGAACUGGCACAGGUGCAAACCACCGCUGAAUGUGAACACGGGUGUGAAGGAUGAUGCUCAGCAGAAUGGUGAUGUAAAUCCAGUCCCUAAUAAAUGCCCUCCGCCACGUAGGGAGAAUAUUGUCUUCUAUAGUAAGGUCUGAGUCAUCGCUUUGAUGUGCGAGAGUUGUGUCUGUCUGUUUCUUUGGUUUGUGAAGACUAACUUCUUUACUACAGCCACCAUCCCAAUGGGGCCCCAGUAUAGGAGGAGGAUGCUAUAUAUUUAUCACUGCGACCAUCAUUGCAUUACUGGGUUACUGUCAGCCCUGGUUCAGGCCCUGGUUCCUCGACUGCCCAGUAUUCCAGUGGAAGGCUAAGAAAAUGCCACCAAGACAUUCCGAUGCCCCCUUUCAAACACAGCAGUAUGGACAUUAAUGACUGAGAGGAGCUUGCUACAAUCCAUUCAAAACAGGAACAGUUUGUCCAUUCAGCUGCAUCACACCGUCAACAGCAUCAAAGAAUGGAGCAAAAGUUUCACUCCAUUCCCACUCCCCGGGGAUAUCUUUCCUCAGCUCGAAGACAUCCCAGUCAAAACGUGGCUUGUUCGAUCACAUGAAGAGCCAUAGCUGAAUAUUAUGACCCUGAGUAAAUGUUAUUCUCAAGGCGAGGGUCAACUGCUGCCAAUCCAGGAUGGGACACUGAAACCUGGAGGGAGUGUGGUAACAUUCUCAGAUAGAUUUAUGAUGGAUAUAAUGAUCCACCUUCAACACGCCAGACUAUCAGUUUGCAACUCAUUUAAGCUUAAGUCAUAUUUCCACUUAAGUGCCCACACAGAGACCGGACUGGGGGCUCUGUACUGGAAAUACUUUAUCACAAACAGAAAUUGUGUUUCUUUCUACUACCCAUGAUCUGUAUGUUGGUAUGUAAAAGGUAUGUGUGUUUUCUUCUCCUUAGAGUGAUUCUCCCAGUUAAGUAAA